AUGGCAUUAGCUGAGUUACCUCGGUGCACAAUACCAAAGUUAGUCGAGUUACCUCGGUGCACAAUACCAAAGUUAGUCGAGUUACCUCGGUGCACAAUACCAAAGUUAGUCGAGUUACCUCGGUGCACAAUACCAAAGUUAGUCGAGUUACCUCGGUGCACAAUACCAAAGUUAGUCGAGUUACCUCAGUGCACAAUACCAAAGUUGGCUGAGUUACCUCGGUGCACAAUACCAAAGUUAGCUGAGUUACCUCGGUGCACAAUACCAAAGUUAGCUGAGUUACCUCGGUGCACAAUACCAAAGUUAGUUGAGUUACCUCGGUGCACAAUACCAAAGUUAGUUGAGUUACCUCGGUGCACAAUACCAAAGUUAGCUGAGUUACCUCGGUGCACAAUACCAAAGUUAGCUGAGUUACCUCGGUGCACAAUACCAAAGUUAGCUGUGUUACCUCGGUGCACAAUACCAAAGUUAGCUGAGUUACCUCGGUGCACAAUACCAAAGUUAGUCGAGUUACCUCGGUGCACAAUACCAAAGUUAGUCGAGUUACCUCGGUGCACAAUACCAAAGUUAGUCGAGUUACCUCGGUGCACAAUACCAAAGUUAGCUGAGUUACCUCGGUGCACAAUACCAAAGUUAGCUGAGUUACCUCGGUGCACAAUACCAAAGUUAGUCGAGUUACCUCAGUGCACAAUACCAAAGUUAGCUGAGUUACCUCGGUGCACAAUACCAAAGUUAGCUGAGUUACCUCGGUGCACAAUACCAAAGUUAGCUGAGUUACCUCGGUGCACAAUACCAAAGUUAGCUGAGUUACCUCGGUGCACAAUACCAAAGUUAGCUGAGUUACCUCAGUGCACAAUACCAAAGUUAGCUGAGUUACCUCGGUGCACAAUACCAAAGUUAGCUGAGUUACCUCGGUGCACAAUACCAAAGUUAGCUGAGUUAUCUCGGUGCACAAUACCAAAGUUAGCUGAGUUACCUCAGUGCACAAUACCAAAGUUAGCUGAGUUACCUCAGUGCACAAUACCAAAGUUAGCUGAGUUACCUCGGUGCACAAUACCAAAGUUAGCUGAGUUACCUCGGUGCACAAUACCAAAGUUAGUCGAGUUACCUCAGUGCACAAUACCAAAGUUAGCUGAGUUACCUCAGUGCACAAUACCAAAGUUAGCUGAGUUACCUCGCUGCACAAUACCAAAGUUAGUCGAGUUACCUCAGUGCACAAUACCAAAGUUAGCUGAGUUACCUCAGUGCACAAUACCAAAGUUAGCUGAGUUACCUCGGUGCACAAUACCAAAGUUAGCUGAGUUACCUCGGUGCACAAUACCAAAGUUAGCUGAGUUACCUCAGUGCACAAUACCAAAGUUAGCUGAGUUACCUCGGUGCACAAUACCAAAGUUAGCUGAGUUAUCUCAGUGCACAAUACCAAAGUUAGCUGAGUUACCUCAGUGCACAAUACCAAAGUUAGCUGAGUUACCUCAGUGCACAAUACCAAAGUUAGUCGAGCUACCUCAGUGCACAAUACCAAAGUUAGUCGAGCUACCUCAGUGCACAAUACCAAAGUUAGCCGAGUUACCUCAGUGCACAAUACCAAAGUUAGCCGAGUUACCCCGGUGCACAAUACCAAAGUUAGACGAAUUACCCCGGUGCACAAUACCAAAGUUAGUCAAGUUACCUCAGUGCACAGUAAAUAACGAGUUGGAACACUGA